CCAGUUUCAGCCAGCAGAAGGAAGAGGAGGAGGAGGAGGAGGGAAGACACUAUGUACAAGCUUAUUUUUACAUACCGAUUUGGAUUAGGGUUGAUCGCUGGUGUCGCUGCUGGAGCUGUAGUUUACGUAGUGUAUCGGAGACAUCGGAAGCAGAAUAAGAACGUUUUAUCAAAGCGAAAUGGAUAUCAGAUGCAAACACUAUCAAAACAUGAUAAUGUUGCUACAACAUCAAAUUAUUCACCAGGAAGGGCAGACGUUGUGGUUGUAUCUCAUGGGGAACAGAUGGAGCUGUUGAACCGCCUGGACUAUGUUCUUGGCAGCAUUACAGAGGUGAAGAAGGAGGUUGAAUCUUUGCGGAAUAGUCUGCAUGGGCUAGCUGCUGAUAUUGUAGGAGAAGUUCGGACACACCUGGAGGAGAACCAGAAGACCAGUCGUCGGCGAAGAGUCUUUCUCCAUAGAGAGCGAACAGAUUCUACUGGUUCCAGUUCUAUUUAUUUUACUGCUAGUUCUGGGGCUGCACAUACAGAUGUGGAGAGUGAAGGAGGUUACACCACAGCAAAUGCCGAAUCUGAUUAUGAGCGUGAAAGCAGCAGAGCGAGUGAGGACGAGGAGGAAGAUGAAGUGAGCUGUGAAACUGUGAGAACAAUGCGGAGCGACUCGGCGGACCUUGUAACAGAUGAUGAAGCAUCAAUACUGGCCACUGACCCUGUAGAUGGAGAGUUAAUACUUUUGCUGCAGAGAGCUGACCAGUUGCAUAGUGGUGAUGCUGAGCAGAAGCGGGAAGGAUUCCAGUUGCUGUGCAAUAAUAAAUUACUGUAUGGGGAACAUCAAGACUUUCUGUGGAGACUAGCACGAUCCCGCAGUGAUAUGAAUGAGCUUACUGAUGAUAUAACAGAGAAGAAAUCGUAUGCCUUAGAUGGAAAAGAAGAAGCUGAAGCUGCACUUCAGAAAGAAGAUCAGAGUGCUGAAUGCCACAAAUGGUUUGCCAUCCUUUGUGGGCAACUAUCAGAUCAUGAAGGCAUUCAGAAGCGCAUUCAAAUUGGAUACAUUUUCAAGGAACACAUUGAAAAAGCAAUUGCUCUGCAGCCUAAUGAUCCACAAUGCUAUUAUCUUCUUGGCCGUUGGUGCUAUGAGGUCUCUAAUCUUGGAUGGUUGGAGAGAAAAACUGCUUCUGCCUUGUAUGAAACUCCACCAAGUGCUACCAUUGAUGAAGCUCUGCAAAAUUUCCUGAAGGCUGAGCAGUUGUCCCCAGGAUUCUCCAAAGCUGCAAGGGUCUAUAUUGCAAAGUGUUACAUGGAUUUGGGUGACCUGAGUAUGGUCAACCACUGGGUAAAACUGGCAGCGGAGCUUACAGAGAUAACAAAAGAAGAUAAAGAAAGUUCACCCCUCUUGGAGGAGCUGAUGAUGUCCUUCAGUACAGAAGAAAUACUUUGA